AUCGUGCUGUGGCAGUGGCUCUUCUAUUUCGUGAGGUUUCGGGGGUUUUUUUUUGGGAUUCAUUCUUCGCUUUUUUGCAUAACCGGUUCCGAGAGGAUCUCCUUGUGAGGUGGAGUGGGUCGUCGCGGGAUUUGUCCUUGACGCGUGAACGGGAUCGUCCCUUUCCCACGAAGAUUCCCGGGAAGGUCAACCGGAGUGCGAGUGCAUCGAAAGUGAGAGUGCUGUAACGGGACCUUCCGAUGCACCCCCGAGAGGAGUAGGGGGAGUUCGAGUAUAUAACAGCGUCCUCGGGUGUGAAGCAAAAGAAGAAGACCCCGCAGACUCCGGUUCGCAGACUCUCGAACUGGAGCAAACGAAAGCGAAAGUGGUGAACCAAUCCGCGAAGGAUUCUCCCUCCCGCUGAACAGGUGGUGGUGAGAGUUGGCUCGCCGCGAUCUUCGGUGGCUCUACUGGCCGCCUCCAAAACUCCAAAUCUACGCUCCAAAGGUACCGCCCCCCGGUACUCCCCCACCGUGCGCGAUCGUGUAGGACACUACCCCACGCGGAGAGCGUGAUCGGCUCUCUCCGAGUACUCGCGAUCGUUCGGCUAUUCUCUCGCUCUCUCUCUCGCGUUCGCGAGUUCGUGUGCCGAACUUGGCGCGAUCGCGCUCUCUCUCUAUUGUCGCAGCAUCCACCGAGAGGAUCGCGAAGAUCGCACAGUGCUAUCAAAAGCUUUCCGGAUGCGAACCGCGAAGCUUCUCCGGCGAUCCCCGUCCUGCUGUCGCGCUAGCAAGUUCUGCUGAAGAAGACGCUCGCGCGCGCGUUACGGUGUCGAGUGAGGUCUUGAGGUGAAAACGAAAGUGAAUCUGCCGAGCGCGCACGAGGUGCGGCGUUGAAAGUGAAACUGAUUGGAGGGUUUUGGUGUUAAGGAGCUGAUCAACUCUGGAUGUUUAUUUUGUGGGGGAAAGGUUCUACGACAAGGACUGUCCGUGAUCCUACAGUGAGUGAAUAUCGAGGAAAAUUCUGGAUUUUGGAAGGAAAAACUGUGAGUGUGCGAUCAGGCUGAACCAGCCACCCCGAAGCGAAGCAGAAGGAUUAACAUUGCGACUGCGGUGAAGUGGUUUUCGUGCUGGAGGAGGAACAAGAUCAGCACCAGAGGGUCCUAGCACCUUCAACAGGUCUGAAGCUCUCUCUCUCUUUAUAUCUCUCUUAUCUCUGAUUGCUGUUGUCUUGUGUUUUUCUUGAUAUCUGGAUGUUGUGCCGCUUGCCGCUUUAGUUUUGCCAGUAGUGCUUGUGUGAAACACUUUUUUCCGUUUACAAUCCUUGAGUUCUUGCUCCCUGCCUUUUAAUACCGAACCGAACCGAACCAUGAAGUCAGCCGGCCGCGGACCCUCGCAAUCAACGCCGUUCAAGUGAUGAUCUGUGCAAGUUGAGAAAGGGCAGUACAGGACAGGACAUGCGAUCCCGUCUGGCGUCGUUGAUAGUCGUGAAGCAGGAACCACUGGACGAUUACGGCGUGGUGCCACCGGUUGGGGCUGUGGAGUUGAACAAUAAUAACGGCAGUGGUGUCAGUAGUGCUGUCGGUCAGUCGGCCAGUGGACAUGGGUACUACUCGUGCUACGCGUUCGGUAAUCCGGUGCCGUCGGUCUGCUAUGGCGGCCAGCAAGAUCUGAACAACAACAACCAGCAGCAGUCCCAGGCGCCGCAGGAUUUUCAUUUGUUUCACGAGAAAAAGUGUGCUCCACAACUUCUGUCGCAAGUUGUAAACUCACCACCGCCGUCGACGCCAAGGGUUGCCGGUCCGACGUCGCCACCGGCCUCGAGCCCCGAGAAAGGACCUGCGACCACCACCAGCCGGCGGAAAGCAGCAUCCGGUGAAGCCGCGACCACCGGUUCCACGACCGCCGCCACCACCACCUCUGCUGGCAGUGGCAACACCAGCAUGUUACUGCUGCAACCUCAGGCUACUUCUUUUAGUUCGGUUUCUUCGUUUGAUUAUUUACUGUCGCAGCAGCAGAACCACCCCGAGCAAUCGUACCAUCAGCUGGGCUCGUUCGGAAGUCCCAGCAGCAGUCAUCUACAGCCUUCACAUCCGCAACAGCAGCAGCAGCUGAGUCCCGAGCUUCUGCCGACCUCCCAGCAGUUGGACAAGCUUGCGGAGCUGUUUGCCCCGCCACCAUCGUCCCAAACCCCGACAGUCGAGUCCGAGUCGUACCUGGACCAGACGCAACAUUCCAACAGCUCGAGCGAUACCUUGGUGGGCUACGAGGAGAAUCCGUCCAGCUUCGGCGGCUCCAGCGAUAGCAUCCCAGCUGCGUUGCUGAAGGGUAGCUAUAAGGAGGAAAGUCUCACCGAGUUGCAGGGCCCAUUUCCUCAGCGGUCACAAAUCACCGAACCAGAUCAGGAUCUCCUGUUGGAGACAUCGUCAACUGAAGAGCUUGGAUUGCUGACGCUUCGAUCGAGCAGUGAUCCCGUACUUGCGAGCAGCGCUCGUCAUCAACAGCUUAUCCAACAGCAACCAAUCCAACGACCCACGGGACGACCUCCAGCGACCGACAUACCCGGCCCAAGUGGCGCAGCCAGUAACAUCAACUCGAUCUUACCCAGCUUCCAGGACACGUACCAGAUCAAGUUCAACCAGCUGGCAAACUUCGGGCUCAAAAUGGACGAGGACUGCUUCAAGAUCGCGGCCUCACCACACCACCAAAGCGUUGCGUACGGUCACCACGGCGGUUACGGCCCCGCCCAUCAUGCCGCAGGCAUCCACCAGGGUCACUACGAGUUCCCGCCGCAGCCGGCCCAGCCCACGACCCAGUACAGCAACCCCCCACCAACCACGGGAGGGUUCUACUCGCCCGCGUACGAACCGCAUGCCACGGUAAGUCCUGCCGCCGUCCAGAUCCCCGGCAACACCACACUGACCGCUUCCCCCGCUCCACAGAACUACGGUGCUGUAACGCCCCAAGACUCCUACUCCCUGCCACCCUUCCCGACGAUCGCCGAGCUGCACGUGUCCACGCCGUAUCGACGAGCCUCGCUCCCACUACAGCGCUCAGAGUCCACGUCCAGCAGCGAAAGCCCAAAACCACCCCGAGUGGGAAUCUACAAGUACUCGGCGCUACCAAGUGCCUCCAGCUCAGCGUCCAGCUCCCCAGGAUACAUCAACAACAACAACCCCAACACGGUCAACAACAAUGAGGUCGCUGCUGCAGCGGCCGCCGCCGCCGCCUCAGGCGGUUGCAUAACUCCAGCUCCACCCCGAGGAACCACCCCCCAGAGCCCCUCCCAACUGUGCGCGGUCUGCGGCGAUACGGCGGCCUGCCAGCACUACGGCGUCCGAACCUGCGAGGGCUGCAAAGGCUUCUUCAAGCGAACAGUACAAAAGGGAUCCAAGUACGUCUGUCUGGCGGACAAGGCCUGCCCCGUUGACAAGCGACGACGAAACCGGUGUCAGUUCUGCCGCUUCCAAAAGUGUCUCGCCGUCGGCAUGGUCAAGGAGGUGGUUCGCACCGACUCGCUCAAAGGACGCCGCGGCCGGCUACCGUCCAAGCCAAAGUCACCCCAGGAGUCCCCGCCGAGCCCGCCCGUCUCGAUGAUCACCGCCCUGGUGCGGGCCCACGUCGACACCACACCCGAUCUCGCCAGCCUGGACUACGCCCAGUACCGCGAACCUGGCCAAAACGAACCCAUCAUCUCGGAGGCGGAAAAGGUCCAGCAGUUCUACAACCUCCUCACCACGUCCGUCGACGUGAUCAAGCAGUUCGCCGACAAGCUGCCCGGCUUCAGCGAUCUCAGCCCCGACGACCAGGAGCUGCUGUUCCAGUCGGCAUCGCUGGAGCUGUUCGUGCUGCGACUCUCGUACCGGGCGCGCAUCGACGACACCAAGAUGACCUUCUGCAACGGGGUGGUGCUGCACAAGCUGCAGUGCCAGCGCUCGUUCGGCGACUGGCUGAACGCGAUCCUCGAGUUCAGCAAGAGCCUCCACUCGAUGGAGAUCGACAUCUCGGCGUUCGCGUGUCUGUGCGCGCUCACGCUGGUCACAGAACGCUACGGCCUGCGGGAACCGAAGCGCGUCGAGCAGCUCCAGAUGAAGAUCAUCAGCAGCCUGCGCGACCACGUCACGUACAACUCGGAAGCGCAACGCAAGCCGCACUACUUCAACCGGCUGCUCGGGAAGCUGCCCGAGCUGCGAUCCCUCAGCGUGCAGGGCCUGCAGCGGAUAUUCUACCUGAAGCUGGAGGACCUGGUGCCGGCGCCGCCCCUCAUCGAGAACAUGUUUCUCGCCAGUUUGCCGUUCUAAGGCCGCGCGGAGACGAAAAGACUUGACGUUGAUUCGAAGUUUCAUCUUGAUCAUGAUUCAGUUUUUUUUCGCGUUUGUUUGCAAACUUUUUUACAAUCGCGCCCAGUGAGGAACUCAACUAGCUAAGUUUGAAGCGUCAGGUUAAGAUCAUUAUUUGUUCUAACUUUAAAGUAAGUGUGCGUACGAUUUUAAGCCCAAUGCGUGUGAAACAACUAAGAUAUGUUUCCAAUCAAUCACUUUACAGUAGCUUAGAUUCUCAUGUAUAUCAAUCGGUGUGUCCCAAAUCAGACCUAUUAGCGUGUACGUAGUAAUGUUUCUUGCAGUUUAUUGUGUAAAUAGUACUCCUAAAUGUUAGCAAGUAAGACCACACACACCUAUAAAUAUAAGUCGUAUUUAUGGAGCUUGGCAAAUUUUACGGAGUGGCGUGAUUUUUGUACGAAAAAAAACAUGAGGUUUUAUGCACUUAAAAGACACUUUUUAUACUGAUUUUGUUUAUUUACAGAGCGCGAGAUUACACAAAUACAAACAAAAUAUUAAAAAAAAAGAAAGAAUGUGCUAAGAAAUUGAGCUGUAGAAACUGAUUGACGCAACGAAUCGUGACAAAAUGAGAGGAUUAAGAACUGGUAGUACAAAUUUUAAAUAAUUCAACAAAAUAAACAAAAUCAAUAUACGUUUCUUUAAACACGUGGGAGAAUGAAUGCGAGGGCGCGCGCGUGCGACAUAAACCGUCAGAACGCAUACAGAGACAGAUAUCAUGACAAAUGUGUAGGGUUAAGCUCGGAGAACCUGUAAAUGUGGUCCGCAAAAAAAAAAAAACCUAGAAAGAAGAAAAAGAAUACAAUGCGAUAUGAUUAUGCUAGUCCAUUACGUUAGAUUUUUAGGUUUUAAAAAUCUCCUCCAAUGGAUAUUUCCGCGAAUGCAAUUUUACAAAAAAAAAAACAAACCUUAAAAUAACUUCCCAACCCGCAGUUUCCGAACCACAAACACACACACACAGAGAAAGCUGAUUCCCAAUCGAUAAGUUUAAAUCUAGCUAAGAUAACAAUACUCAAUCCAGUGAGCACAAAUUUACUACUUGCCAGAUAGUUGCUAAGUUUGCUAAAGUGUAAGCGAAAGAUAUUUUUUAAACAAACACACACACACACAACACUAAGCUAAGCAUAACAACAAAUUUACGUUACCAGAACUUGCCAUUGAUCUUAUUUUGUUAAACAGAAGAAAAAAAAUAUUAUUACGUUUUUGUUUUGUUUGAUUUUACACACGAUAAUCACAUAUCUCUUAGCCCGUAGGAUGUACACAUUGAAGGAAGAAAAAAAAUAGACACAGAAUCGCAUAAAGGUAAAUUUUCCCGAGGGAGUUUCUGAAGGGUUUGCACAAAAAUUGAAAAAUAUUUUAAUAUUAUCCUCAAAAAUAUAUAAUUUUCGUCAUUUUUACUACCAAAAACUUGAAAUUUGUCAAACUUAUGUAUUUUUAAAUUUAUUCUCUCAUGGUUUCUUACAAAAUCAAGUAUUUUUUUUAGCAAGACAGUAAGCAAAAGAGCAACUCUCAGCUUUUAAAUGAUGCUUUUUUUGCUUCCGUUUCUCCAUAGCAAGAUUGAACUAGAAUGAAGAAAAAAUAACUAGAAUGAUGAAAAAAUAAGUUGUUAACUUACAAAAUGAUUCAAUUUGAAUUUUUUUCCUGAUUUUUUUUAUGUAAAAAUUCCUCAGUCCAAUGGUCAGUCCCCAAAUAAAUUCUAUAAAUGUAAAAUAUUCUCACAACAAGACAGUAAACCAGAGAGCAACUCUCUUGCCUUUACAUUUUCGACACCCCUUACUUUACUUUGCUUAAAUGAGAAUCGCUAUGUUGCUUGCAAACAAACAAACAAAAAUGAAAUGAUCUUUCAACUUCGAAUAAAUGAACUUUGAUUCAUUCCUAAAUUUUUAUUUUCGUGCACAAAUAACGAAAUUUAUAUCAUAAUUUUAUGACAUAGUUGGAAGAAUCUUCACCAAAAUAUCACUUACUGAGAGAGAUAAAAAACGAGAGAGCGCGAGCCUCUCUCAUCUAUUUCGUGGCACCAAUCGAGUUGAUUCAGUUUCACCAAUACACUCUCAGGUUAAACGUCAGAUCACUCUGAAUUUGCUUUGAUUUUUUAACAAAAAAAUUGUUGUGCUGACUGAAUGAAAAUUUGAAAAAGAUGUUUAAUCUUAAUUUUUUUACAGAGCGAAUUGUUUACAAAGUUUUACUUUUAGCUGCGUUGAAAAUUUGCUUGUGAAGAUAUUAAUUGAUUUCAUAAAUGCACUUAGAAAUUUUUUCACAUUAUUUAAAAAAAUUGAGUUAAAAAAAUCCACUAUCGAGAGAAAAAAAUCUGACCGGACUGUCUGAAAUUUUUAGCAAUUUAUUUUGAGAUUUUAUGUUUUCUUUCAAACAACAAUACAUACUACAAAAGUUUGGAAUACUUUAAUGUAAAAUAAACAAAAUUGAGGAUAAAUUAUGCUUUUAAAUUUCUGUGCUAAUCCUUAUUAAUGCUCUUAAAUAGAACAAAAUAUAAAAACCAAAUUGAUGACGAAAGAUCGAAAAUGAGAACAAAUAUAUUUACGGAGAAAAAAACUGCCAUUUCAAUCAAAAAAACAUCAUGAUAGGGUCCCUUCUACCACAGACAUGGCACGACCUUUUCCCUUCGAUUCUCUCGCAGAAAUGCCCCUUACAAAACAACAUAACAAAAUAACAAAAAUAGAAACAUGAAAUAUGUCGAAAAAUGGAACCUUACCGAACAAAAAACGUCACUUGUGCCUACACAAAUGUAUAACUUUUACUUGACAACACACGUAGCAUAACCCACAGCAAAAUGUCCUUCAGAAUAAAAGUAGUAAAAAUCCCGGACCAAAAUUCCAUGCCUCCACAAAAAAAGUACAGAAACGGACACGUGAUGAACCAAUGAACGAUGAUAGUAGGUAUAUUUUGAUACAUUAUUCCACAAAUAAAGAUUCCCCGCCCUUUCCCGGACAAGUAGCAAACACCUAAAAGUGCCAUUUGAACAAGAGAACUAAACAUGAAAGAUAGAGGAAAAGUGCAGGAAA